AUGGACUCCAGUGGCAUUGAAGACUUUGAUUCGCAGGCAUUUGAACGAGAUGAUGAUACUAAUUUUGAUGGCGAUAAUUCUAGUGUAGAAAGGCAGAAGUCAGAAAAUAAGAAAGGCUCAGUAGCCGCAAUUGCAGCUUCAGAGCAAGAAGAAUAUUCUCUGACGAGAAGAAACUUAAGAAGAAAAAGAGAAAUUGAGGAGUUGAAAGUUCAAAAAAGAGCAAAUACCAGAGUUGCUAUGAAAUCUCCUGAUAGAUCAAGGAUUGAUAAAGAGGAAUUAUCCGGUAAAUUGUGCCCAAAAAGCCCUGAAAUGGGGAAAAGUGCUCGUAAGAAAAAGAAUGUUUCUCCAACUCCCCAUAAAAAUAGUAGAGCGCAGCAAUCAAAUUCAAAAAAAUCAAUUCAAGAAGAGGAAAAUAGCACAGCAACAUCUGAUAGCGACGGAGGAGAUGAUGAAGAUUCAGAUGAAGUCUCCCCUGCCAGGAAAAGAAUGAAUAAAAGUUAUUUGAAAUCCAAUAAAAGAUCAGGUAAAGCUGAAGUAGCAGUGAGGAGCACUAGAAGAAGGGUCACUGGACCAUCUUCAGAGGAAACGCCAAGCAAAAAAGCUCGCCAGAGUACUAAGAAAGGUACCUCUGAUGAAGAUUCAAAGCAGCCGAAAAAUGAAAAUGUUGGAACCAGUAGCAUAAAAUCCGGGCUAAGAAGAAAAUUGGUCCUCCAUUCCAAGCCAGAUAACAAACAGACAGUAAGUGAAUCAAAUAAAGCCACCCCAAGGAAAUUAAUUGAAGUGGAAAAUAUCGGUAAGAAAGGCAAAGAGGGUAACAAAAGAAAAGUGGAAGGUACAUUUAUAGAAAAUUCUCCCAAUUUGAAAAGACAACCAGACAGAACACAUAAAGAAUCACUUGAAAGUUCCUCUCGAAGCACUAGAUCCUCUCGUCCUGUUCCAAAUUUACCAUCUUCCCCAUCUAGAAAUCAAGCAAGACAAGCAGAACAAAGUCCCAUGAAACCAACCCUUCCCGAACAACAUAGUAAAAAACAAGAAGAGCCAACAGAUCCAAAAUACAAAAAAAGUGAGGAACCACAGUCUCUGAAACAGUUGGAAUCCAAAAAGAGUUUGAGACGACUAGAAAUUUUAGAAGAAAUCAGUCGUAAGUCUCCUCGAGCUCACACACCUUCCAAAAAUACUCCCAGCAAAAAUGAGAAUCGCCUUGAUAAAUCAUCCUCUAAAACAAAAGUAUCAUGUGCUUCGAGCCCUCAGCAGUCACCGUCCAAGGUGAAAGUAUCUAAGAAGCCAAGCCCCCAACGAUCACCUGCCAAAAUGGAAGUAUCUAAGGAUACAAUCCCUCAACAGUCGCCCUCCAAGA